AUGUUCCACCAGAUCCCCCCGAGUCCGGAGCCUGGCCGAGCCCGGGAGCCCGGCGUCGCGCCGAGCUUCUCUUCCGCGCAAACGCGCGGGCCACCGACCGACGGUGGGAAGGCGAGCGAGGCGACCGCGAUCUCGGGACGACAGGUGAAAGGAGUCUACUACGGGAUGCUGGAGUUCCAGGUGAGGGAUGACGCGGAGAUCGCCGUUCGAGAACUGGACCAUCGACGCGUACAAGGUAGCAGUCUUCGACUCCGGGCCUAUCACGGCGAUGGUCCCGGCGCCAUGGGCUGA